AUUCUCUGAUACAUACAUUAACUAAUAACGUCAGCACAGUUUGGAGAGGGAACCCAAAUAACCAUAAACUACUUAUCGUUUUGAACGCUUGGAGUUCCUUGAAUCCACUUUGAAACCUCUGUGGUACCACCUCAUAGGUCUGUGUCUGUCUGUGCGCCCUGAGUGAUGCGUCACAUGGAGAGGUGCGGUUUGCUCAUGCAGCGCAACUCCCCCCAAAUAGUCCAUAUUUUCCAGUUAGUGAACUGAGAAACAAGCACUUCUUCUGGAGCGUCUAUGUUUAGAUUCUGUAACUUUUAUUUUUUCCAUUUCCUAGUUUUGGAGUUAUUUGUCCCUAUAUGGAUGGAGCACGCACCUAUACAACACUGUUGAUGGAUCAUUCUUAAACAGAAAGCUGCCAAAAAGAAGAAGAAGAAGAAGAAGAAGAAGAAGCCCUCUCCUCUGAGUUGUUGUGCAGCUGUGAUGUGGUGCAGCUGCAACAGCCUCGCUCUCAAACCGCUGGACAGGAGCCGACAGUGAGCAGGUCGCACACAUCCAAAUAUGCGCGUAAUUGGAGCGCGCUGGCGAGGCGUCCCUUGCAGCCCUUCCGAGAUAACGUCGUCGUGAUGUUCAAUACUUCGGGAAUUGAGCUCACUUUUAACAAGAGGGAGGAUAUUUCCGAAGUUCUCAAUGGCUCCCUUCAGCUGCUGUACAACGUCCUGGUCACCGUCAGUCCAUCCACCGCCAUGUGGAACGAGUCGUGCGGCGAGCUGCAGGACUUCGGCCGCCCGGAGAAGGUCGUCAUCGGGGUGAUGCUGGCGAUCAUCACGGCGGUCACCGUGAUGGGCAACACGCUGGUGGUGAUCGCGGUGUGCGUGGUGAAGAAGCUCAGGCAGCCUUCAAACUACCUGCUGGUGUCUCUGGCGGUGGCGGACCUGUCGGUGGCCAUAGUGGUGAUGCCCUUUGUGAUAGUGACGGACCUCACCGGGGGCAAGUGGCUCUUUGGAGAGGUCUUCUGCAACAUCUUCAUCGGCAUGGAUGUAAUGUGCUGCACCGCCUCCAUCAUGACCUUGUGCGUGAUCAGUGUCGAUAGAUAUCUAGGGAUCACACGGCCCCUCACCUACCCAGCCCGGCAGAACGGCCAGCUGAUGGCGAAGAUGAUCCUGGGAGUGUGGCUGGCUUCAGCAUCCAUCACCCUGCCACCUUUCUGCGGCUGGGCCAAAAACGUCCACACAGCCGGCGUGUGCCUCAUUAGCCAAGACUUUGGCUACACCAUCUAUUCCACAGCCGUAGCCUUCUACAUCCCUAUGCUGGUCAUGCUGAUCAUGUACUACAAGAUCUUCAAGGCAGCUCGCAAGAGCGGCGCCAAGCACCGCUUCACUGACCUUUCGCGCCGUGAGCGCAUCGAAACGGUGACUAAUGAGGCGCUACGAAUGCAGGGCUUGAAGCCGCCCGGUGUGGCGGAGGAGUGCGCGGCCCUGUCCCGCCUGCUGAACCGGGAGCGCCGGAACAUCUCCAUCUUCAAGCGGGAGCAGAAAGCGGCGACAACGCUGGGGGUGAUCGUGGGGGUCUUCGGCGUAUGCUGGCUGCCGUUCUUCAUCCUGUCCACUGCCAGGCCCUUCAUCUGCGGAGUGGAGUGUAGCUGCGUGCCCAUCUGGCUGGAGCGCACGCUGCUCUGGUUAGGCUACGCCAACUCCUUAAUGAACCCCUUCAUCUACGCCUUCUUCAACCGAGACCUGCGCGCCACUUAUCGUGACCUUCUCCGCUGUCGUUAUCGCAACAUCAACCGCCGACUGUCUGCUGUGGGCGUGCAUGAGGCUCUCAAGGUUUAAAGCAGGACACUUCAGCGGCAUGUUUUGACUCUCAAAAUGUGGGAUACGGCGGCCCUGUGCUUGUACACUUGGUGCCUAAAGGGGUGACGUGUAGCCGACACAAUAGAUAAGACAAA